AUGAAUUCUGGUAAAAGGAAGUUCGUACAGCAUAUUAUUCCAAAUCCUCAGCCUUUCAAGUCUAGAGAUAAUUCCUCAUUUGGUGACAAUGGGUUGCCAGAACAAUGGUGCUCAUCUAUUGCUUUACCAAUCGAUUACGAAGAAUAUAUCACGAAAAAUAAAGCUCUUAUAGUCAAUGAUCCUUACCGUGAAACUAUACUUUUCCCACAAGAAGAUAUCAAACUAAUCCGAAUUCCUCAUUGUCAUCAGACGCUAAAUAAUGGUGUUCCUCAAGUUGCACUUAGAAACAGCGUAUUUAUCUCGAAUCCAUUAGCUCGCCAUGCAGUCACAUUUUUCUCAACAGCAGAAUGGAGCUAUAUUCAACAGUUAUCUUCCAAUUAUCGUGGGAGUUUUCACCUACUUCCGUUCAUGAAUGAUAUCAAUGAAUUUGGUGGGACACUGUCACAGUAUUGGUUUUGGAUCGAUCAUUCGCUAAACAACAACGAUAGUCCUGACCACAUUUUUGAUUCUACUCACCUACCAAAUAUCAUCGGUUCUAAAUCUCGAGCAUCUACAGGACUUCAGGUUCGUAGCCGUCGAUCAACUACUACUACCAGCGGUUUGGCAAAAAGUAGUCAAACCAUAGCUGAAUCCGCUACAACUGGAUCAGCUGCUCGAUUUACAGCCAAUUUCCAGUGUAAAGACCAAGUAAAAUAUGAAAAAGUCAACUCCGAUAGUGCACUAUCCAGACGAGGCAGUAAAACAAAAGAUCAAAUACAGUCUGAUGAAGAAUUAGUCAGUGAUAAUAGCAAUAACAUGCCAAAAUUGAGUUUUGAUAGUAAACAGCCUGAAAAUGGCAAGCUUUCGCCUAUCUAUUUAGAAUGUCAACUAGUGAUGUGUAAUCGAGAGAAGUAUCAAAAUUAUAUACGCGUUCUUGAAGGAUUACUUUCUUCUAGUAACAGUGAUAAAAAUAGCCCUUCUACUAAUACGUUUCCUACCAAUGUUGGUAAUACUACAAAGUCAAUAUUUGAAACGCAUGACAAAAAAUGUUAUUGUCUGAGACAAAUACAAAUUGAAGAAUUAUCUGAAUAUCACAGACAAAAGAAUUCUCUAAAAAACGCUGGUAGAACACAAAAUCUAUCUGUUGGUCUUCAUGUCAUUGCACCAUAUGACUGGCGUGCCUCCAAGGUAUAUUCGUCCAAUGAAGCUCAGAAUGUUGUUUAUCUAGAUAUGGUUGACUCAGUACGUCCUAUAGGUGAUCAUUGGCUACGUUUAGAAAAGUUGCUGCCAUCUGCAUCAUCUUCUUCACCAACGCAUUUUAUGCAGUCAUUCGAUAAUAAAUUCAACGAUUUGUCAUCAUUGAAUGACGAAGUAUUCAUUUAUUUCGAUCCUGUCAUGAAUGAUGCAAUAGAAAAGCGUCAAAUAUGGUUGAAUGCAAUUGAAUCAGCUUUAAAAUUAGAACGCUAUAAACGACAUGUGGGAUAUCAUCAUCAUCGUCACAAUCAUCAACAACAACAUUCUUAUUUUGGUAUGAAUAAUUCAGAUACGACUGGAAAUGAUAUAGAUUUAUUCAAGCGAUCUAACAACGCUGAAUCAGUACGCAGUGCUUUACAACGAUACGCUCAAGAAACUGAAUUGUUCGUCAUACGUCAACGUCAGAAAGGAAGAAUAAAAGUGAUAACACUCUUUCCAGAAAUUAGAAUAAGCCAGUAUAAAGGAAAAACGUGUUCACAUGAACACGUUGUGAAUAGUCUACUACAAACCGGUCCCAAGGAUUCUUUAUCACCAUUUCCUGAUCGAACAGUUGAAUUAUGCAGUCGACGAUUUUUAGCAACAUGUUUAAAUCUAUAUUCAAAAAUUCGAGCCAAUGUAGACGUAUCCGGAAAUGCUUCUCCUCACAUUGAGAAUCCAGAACCAUAUUUUGUCACAAUAUUUUUGGUGGAUGUGAAUGAUGGACGUCGUGUUAGUGAAGAUUUCUACUGGAAUCCUAAUUCAUCUCUAAUUGAUUCCAUGUUACCUUCAGAUCAAUUCAAAAUCUUACCCUGGUUAUCAUUAAAUAACAACACAGUAAUCGAUGUGAAAAAUCACUCCCUUGAAAUAAAUGAUACUGGUUUAUUAAAUCAUAAUUCAACUAGCCCACAUAGUAAUCAUAAUACAACAUCUGUUCGAACACGUGGACAUGCACCGCCUCCACCACAGAAUAAUGUGAUCUCUCCGUAUGGAACACAUAACUCUGUUUCCUCCGAUUGUCUACACAAAUGUCGUACAGCACUAUUUUCAAUUCCAUCAUAUUAUCACAGCAAUAAUCUUUACUUAGUUGUACGAGUUGAUAAAGUCCUUAGUGGACCGAUAAAUGUAGCAGUGGAGAAAUAUUUAAAAAAUAAUACAACUUUAAAUAACGGGAAUGUAGGUAUUACAAUGAGUGAUUGUAAAACUGGGUCUAGCAUACAACGAUCAAUGGUGAAUUAUUGUCGAAAUAUCGGUCGAUAUCGUAUGCCAUUUGCUUGGGGUGCCAGGUCACUAACUAGCUCCAGUCGUUUCAUCCACCUAUUCAAGAUGGAUUCGAACAAAACGUCUGAACAGGGGUUAAUUCAAUCUGUUCAAAUGUUAUCACGUCUAUCAACUGAUUCUAGCUCAGUGCCAACAUACAAGGACGGUUGUGCAAAUCUAACAAGUGGUACUACUACUACUACGAUUGCUAAUAAUAACGAUAGUAGUACUAUUGAUGCCAAUCAUCAUAACAUCCCAGAAUCUUUGAUUCAAAUGUCAGGAAUUCAAUCAAGCCAACUGAUUAAAUCAUCCAAAACUAUUGGUAAUAAUAAUAAUGCUAAUUUGAAUAAUCGUUCGCCGACUAAGGAUAAUACAUUCUAUCCAACGGAGCAAGAUCGUAUUUUCAUUGAUAUGGCUGAGCGUUCAUUGAAAACUCAGAUGUUACCUUUUCGAUUUGAAUUAAUUACUAGUGAAUUAAUUGAUCAAUAUGCAGAUCCCAAUGCAAAAAUCAUAUCACGUGUUAUCAGUUCAAAUCUAGAAACAUUUGUACCGACAAUUAAUUUAACAACAAGUAGUAAUUCAUUCAACUGUUAUAUACCAUCCACUCAUCCAACGUUAAUGUCAGAUGAAGUUAUACGUGAAGUGGAAAAUUUGUUUGAUUUCACUUCUUUUACAUCAUCAUCUACUGCUGUAGGAACACUUCAUAAUGAUGACUGUGGAUCUAGUGUAGCACUUUGCAAUUCAGAUGAUGCCAAUUCACCGUCUCGUACUGGAAGUCUUCAAAGAGGUUAUCGAAUGAAUUCACUCACUGGCAAAAGUAACAGAGAUUCUAUUCUAUCGAAUGCCAGUAUGGGAAGCUUACCUGGUACACUUGUUACAACUGAUUUGCCGAGGAUUUUGAACACUACAACGCCUCAAAUACGUGCGAAUUCACUUGAUCGACCUGACCAGUUAGGAAACCGAAAUGAACAUGGAUUAGGCCUACACCACAAUACAGCAUCAAAAUUGCUACCAUUCACUUCAUUCUUCAAUACUCUUUAUGUAUGCCCGAAAUCUCUGAAUAUGUCGGUGAAACAUAACUUUCCAAGGGCGCGUAAUCUGUCGUGUUUUAUCGAACUACGCUCGAAUGAUACUCUGGAUAGCUCAGCUGCAUUAAAGGUUUUCUAUACUCGUCCAAGUGUACGUCAAUCAAUAUUCGACUCAUGGUUUAAUACAUCUGUUAUGUAUCAUGAUACCUCUCCAGAUUUUGGUGAACAGGCUAAAAUCUGCCUUCCAUUGAAUUUGACUUCAGAGCAUCAUUUAUUAUUUCGUUUUUAUCAUGUGAGUUGUGAGACAGCUGCGACAAAUUUGAUCGCUACAAAAGAUAAAUCCAGUAGUUACAAAAAGCCAGUUGAAUCUAGUACAGGUUAUUCAUGGAUUCCAAUACUUGGUACGGAUGGAAAUUUAAAUGUUGGUACAUUCCAACUACGUGUUGCGUCAACUAUUCAACCGGGCUAUUUAAAGCAUUCAACUGUACAGAGUACUCGAAGCUCCAACAAUCAAAACGUUACUGGAACUACUUUAUCAUUUAUUAAUAGUACCAGUAUUGGUAAUACAAAUAAUAGUAAUUCAGUUGACUUGACAUGGAUUGACAAUGGGAAAUAUCUAUUCAAAGUUGAUUUGAAACCGUUAUCAUCAAUUUACACUCAUGAUCCAGUAUUGUCAAGAUUUUUCCGUGUUUGUGGAGACUUACUGCCACGCGUACUAUUCAUGUCACCUUGGAAAAGUGCUAUAUCUGAUAAACAGAAGCAAAAUCGUGUCACCUUCCGUGAUGAUCUAAUUGUACAAUCAAAUAAUAACGAUGUACCAACAACGAAACGCACUAGUAGUAUUAAUCUUAGUAAUCACAACAAUACUGGUACUAGUAGCACUAGUAUUCUACAAAAUGCCACAUCAAUCAGUCUACACCUAUGUAAUGCAAUGAAAGCUAUGCUGUUAAUCAGUCCAACUGGUCUCGUCCAAUUCUUACCAAUAAUAUUGAAUCAAUUUAUGGAGAUAAUUAUUCUAAGCUCUGAGACAAGUGCAAGAUGGUUUCAUCUACAUCAACAACAACAACAGUCGUCACCUCAAUCAUCUGAUUCAACCAACAAUCACCAUCUUAACAUUUUAGAAUAUUCAUGGUUUAAAAGUCUAAAGAAUAAUUUCACUGGUAACAACAGCAGUAGUAGUGGUACUAGUAAUAGUACACCGGACGAUGUGUUGAAAACAGCUGUUAGCACUUUAGCUAUGUUAAUUUCUGAAUUGAAUGCUCAAAUUCCAAAUGACAGUUUAUACUAUCCACUACAUUCAACUCAUGAUAUGUCCUGUUCAGAUAGUGUAAUCAACUCGAACACAACGGCUGGUGGUGAUCGUUUACAGCAUAAUUUACUGAAAACUUAUGUGGAGUUUGCAUUUAAUCCAGAACAAUUAUUGACAAUUUGCAUCAAUCAUUAUUUGAAUGAAAAAGAUCAAAUUAUUUUGGAUACAAAGAAUGAAGUGAUUGAUAAGAAAAUGAAUUUAUCGACAGCGACGAUAACAGCACCAGGAGCUCCAAUGGUGGUGACUGCAACAACAACAUCACUGCCACGAAAAUCAAUAAUUAAUCAAUACUUUCCUUUAUCUUCUCUUCAUCAUUCAAUAAUUCGUGGUUUAAUUCUAGUAUUGUGGGAUACACAUUGUCCUGGUCAUAUAUUAGCUCACUUAUUCAAUAAUAUUUGGUUUUCACUGGCAUUGAUUAUUAAAUCAAUGACACAGUAUUUAUGCACCAGUAAAAAAAUAUGGGCUGAACGAUCUGGCGAAUCACGUUUCUCAUCAUUAUUUUGUGAAGACUUGACAGUAUUCAUCCAACUGAUUGGAUCACGUUUAUUAUCCUCUUUUGGUAAACAAACAACAACUGCAACAUGCAUCCUCCGAAAUAAAAAUAAUGAAUGUUUAACAGCACCACUGUCGACAAGCAGUGCCAAUACUACUCCAUUAUGUCAAGUGUCAUCAUCCAACGCUCAGUUAUCAAUGACUAGCUCUUCUAACUCACUAAGUAUUUCACAGACAAGUAAGUCUAUCAGCAUGAAUGAAACGUUGACACCGAGAAAUUCACUUGGUGAAUCGAUCAACCGACAGACUCAUCUUACAAAACAUACCAGUAAUGAUGUAUUUGACUUUAAUCGGAUUGAUGUUAUCUGUGCAAUGGGACAGUUUUUAGGCCAUUUAUUCAAUUUGAUGGAUAGAGGAUAUGUAUUGAAACGUGUUCGUGAUCUGCUAAUAUUUCUUGAAAUCUCUCCAAGAAUGUCUGUUGACAAAAUUGAUCAACUGAAUGAAUUACGUUUUGAAUUAAUGCGUUGCAUCUGUGAGCAUGAACACUUUAUUCAGCUGAAUUUACCGUUGUUCAAUGUAUCGGAUGGAUUAAAUGCUGGUAUUGAACUUGUGUUAACUGAUCACUUUUGUCAACAACACUUUCUAAUUGGCAUUCUGUUCAAUCAACUCAGCUGUUUAUUAUCGGGUUGUCUUAAUACUGGCAGUUGGGCUUUAUUGAAGUCUACAUCACAACGUUAUCGUCAACCAAUCACAAUUUUGCGUAAUUUGUUAAUUAAACAUAGUCUUGAUCCACGUUAUCGUAAUUCUAAGUCAAUUCAAGCUAGAAUCUGUUCAUUAUAUCUGCCAUUUGUUCGUUUAAUGCUGGAUUAUUGUGAUUCACUUGGACCUCCAGGUGGUGCCCUUCAGACUGCUGUCAUUGCGGCAGCUGUACGUCGAGAUUAUGAAGAGUCUUUAUUAGUUACAGAUGGAAAUAGUAAUUCUGGUACAUUGAAUUUAUGUCGUCGUCAGCGUUCUAUGGAUAAGUCAAACAAAACUAACAAAGCUAACAGUGCUACUACUAAUGUGAUGUAUAAUAGUAGUAUUUCACAUCGACCACAAAGUAUGCUUAGUGAUUAUUCAUUGGAGACAUUGAAUAAUUCUGAUAGAAACCUACACGCAACAAAUUCUGAUAAUGAAUCAUUUACUUCAUUAUUAUCGGCAAAUAGUGAAAGCAAUGCAUCAUCUAUUCACUCAGCGUCAAAUGGACGUUUCAGUCAUGGGAGAUCUUCUUUGUCUAGUGGUAGCCAUAAUAUUACUACUAAUGAUAGUAAUAGCUAUAGUCAGUCAGCUGCUUCUGCUGCUUACCUAACUAAAGAUGGGAAAGUGCAAAAGCAUAUCUUAGAUCAAAUUGCCGGAGUUGAUCAAGGUGGUGCUCUUCAACGCGUCUACAGAAGUAAUCGUGUACAAGAUAACUCUUCAAUAUCAACUUCAUCUGGAAUAGGAGGAAUACUGCCGAACAGUCAGUAUCCACGUUCUCAGUCUAUCCACUCUGUAGAUGGUCAACAAAACAGUUGUCUACUAUCCAGUCAUACAAGUAGUAGUACACUUACAUUGACUGGUGUUGAUAUGGAUAAUAACAAUAAUAAUAAUAUGCUAAUAAUGAAUGGAAGUAGUACUCCAGAUGAAGAAUAUUUCGAUGCUAGUCAGUUGAAUUAUAAGAAUGGUGAGAAUUUUCAAAAGCAUCAUAGUGAACUGUCACCAACACCUUUGACUUUGGAGAUUAAUUUACAAAAUUCAGAUCAAGAUUGGGCUAAACAAGUUCUUACACUGGCUGGUGUUUAUCAAAAUUGUGACAAUAGUGUGAAGUCUACAAAGCAGGCUAGUCCAAAUGCAGUGUCCACACCUGUUGAACUUCCUUUAGAGGUUAAUAUCUCUGAGAUUGAGCACCUUACAGAACGUCAAGGGAACUCAGUCUCUGGUAAUCCCCUGGAUCAUCCACACAGUCAUCAUCUAUCUCAUCAAUCUAGUUUCCAGAAAAUAUUUCUUCCUGACUUGCUGUUAACUAAAGACCAGAUCAUUCGACCGCAUGUUCAUCAUCGUCCAUGUGAACAGAACAACUCAGGUCCACGUCGUUUAACAGAUAAUUGUCAAAGAGACUUGUAUAUAUGCUUAUUGCAUAUACUGUCUACUAUAACAGUCACACAUUUAAAAGUAUUACUGCAGAGUUUCACUGUACAGGAAAGAUUACGUUUUUUGAAUAUAUUAAAAUUCUGCGUCCAACAUCUUCGUUAUCGUGGGAGACACUGUAUACAACAAUAUGAGCACAUAAGCCAUAGUGGUGUUGGUCGAACUGGUGGUACUGGUAAUCUGUUAAAUAUCAGCAGUGCUUUGGCUAGUAAUGCUGCUGGUCGUAGAAGAACUAAUCCUGUAAGUAGGAAUCUACAACAUGACAUACCCAAGAAAAAUUCACAUGAAGUAACUUCUGCAGAAACUGUUGAAGAUGUUCCCAAAAUGAAGGUUUUAUUAAAAGCAAAUUUAGCAAAUGAAUCAAGUUUAAUCAUAUUGGAUUUGUUAAGUACUUUUGCAACAGUAUUUAAAUCAGAGUUGAAUAAUUGUAAGCCAAGUGAUCCAGUGUUUCGAUGUUUACUUGAAACCUACAUUGUAAUUCUAUCCAAUAAUCCAUCGGAUCAUGUAAUACGACACACAUUUUCUGCUCUACGUGUAUUUACUAAUCAAAAUGCUCAGGCCCUAUUUUCGGAAUCAACAGAUAUUCUGAGCAUACUUUGUCUAGCUGGUUUAAGAUGCUCUAAUCAGUGUUUCCUAUCAUUGUCAUCAACUGCUUGUUCUCCAUCACUAUCAACAACCUCAUCGCCUGUAUCCAACCUCUUAGAUUCCAAUAAUGAUUCUAUAGCUGAUAAAAUCAACUUUGAUACAAAUUAUAUGCGUGGUAAACCUCCAUCAGCACCGAGAAUACGAACUACUGAAGUGAAUGAAAUAGAUCCAAUUCUGUUGAAUAACAAUAAUUAUGAUAAUGAUAAUAAUGAUCAUAUAAAUAAUCAAGCUGUAAUUAGUAAGCUUUGUAUAGACGCUUGUGGUUUUCUCUAUCGUCUGUGGAAGUGUAGUUUUGAAACGCAUCAUCAAGCUGGUUUUCAUCGUGUUCACUUACAGACAAUAAUUGCUAUAUCGAAACUUGUCAGUGAAAUUAGUCCUGGUUUUGAGGCAAGUCUAAGUCUAUUGCACAGUUUAGCUCAGACUGAUAUGCAUCGAAGUUCUGAGGUGAUCAUGACAAAGACAACAACUCCAUCCUCAACAACGACGUCAACAACACCGACAUCAACUGUACAUACAAAAAUUUGGACAGAUUCAAAUAUUCGCCUAUUUCUAGAUGAUAUUGAUGAUUUAAUUCGUCGAAUAUUAACUGUACUAACUGCUACCGCUGAAAUGCGUAGGCAUUGUGAUGAUCCUGAACGUAUAGUCGACUUACAGUAUGCACUAGCUAAAUCAUACAGUAGUAAUCCAGCAUUAAGACGUACCUGGUUGGAAGAGUUAGCUAAACUACAUUUGGAUUCAAGAAGUUUCACAGAAUUCGCUAUGACUAAGCUUCAUAUUGCUGCUUUAAUGGCUGAGUAUUUAAGACGUCGAGGCAUUUUAGAUCGUGAAUUUCCUCAAGGAUGUGAUGCAUUCCAAGCAAUUUCAUCAAAUAUUCAUUCAGAAGAAAGUGGUCUAAGAACAGAUUCUACUGUAUUGGAAAUUUCUUAUACCCAGGAGGAUUUAUUGACAGAUUUGAAUGAAGCUGCAGUAGCUUUAGAGUCAGCUGGACUAUUCGAAUGUAUACGACCUGUUUAUGCAUUGAUUCUACCGGUGUAUGAGUAUAAAUGUCAAUAUACAAAUUUAGCCCUAAUCUAUCAUCAUAUUGGUCGAGCAUAUGAAGCAAUUAGUCGUGUGGAAUCGCAUGGACAUCGAUUAUUUGCAUCAUAUUACCGCGUAACUUUUCAUGGUCAAUUAUUUGAAUCAAUGGCGGGUAAAUCGUUCAUAUAUCGGUCAAAUCCAUGUCAAAAAUUAAAUGAAAAGUGUAAUGAAUUACUACAAUUAUAUCGUAGUAAAUAUGGGGAAAAUGUUGUUGAAUUAAUAGCUGACAACUUUAUAAAUCGAUCUGCUUUAGAUGCAAAUAAAGCCUAUGUACAGGUUACUUAUGUAGAACCGUAUAAAGAAAAGAAAGAUUCUGAUAAAAAACCGUUGACUUCAUACGAAAAACACCAUGAUGUACGGCAGUUUAUGUUUGAAACACCCUUCCUUAGACAGCCAGGCUUAUCUACUGAAGCGUGUCUAUUAGCUCCAGGUCCAAAACGCAGUGAUGAUUUAACUAUCCAAUGGAAACGUCGUACUAUAUUAACUACAGAGGCAACAUUUCCACAUCUACGUCGUCGACUUGAAAUCAUUCAAGUUACGGAGACCGAUUUCACCCCAAUCGAUUCAGCAAUCGAUGCUAUUCAAUGUAAAAAUCAAGAGUUGAUGAGCCAUGUCAUAACAUUACGUAAUAAUCUGGUUACAUUUAAUAAUUCAGGUAAUCCAAAUGAAAGUGGAGAUAAUCGUGUCUCUAUUAGUUUGAUCGGUUUACAUUCACCAGUACUAACUGCAAAUACUACUGUAGUCAGUCAGAAUAAUAAUAAUAACAGUAAUAUUAAUAGUAGUAGUAGUCAUGUUGGUAAUACCAGUAAUAUAAGAAAGCAACAAUCAACUUAUCAAAUUCCCUUGUUAAUGGAUAUGCAAUUACAAGGUGCAUUAUUGCCUACAGUCAAUGCUGGUCCAAUGGCAUAUGCUCAAGCAUUUUUAAAAGUUGAAAAUCAGUCACUUUAUCCUGCAUUCAAAGUGAAUCAAUUGAAGGAGCUGUUCUUUGAUUUCUUAUCGACUUGUCUGAUAUUGCUUACACAUUAUUACAAUUUAAUGUCCAGUGUGCAUGAGGCGAAAUAUUGUGCUAUGCGAGAAGCAUUAGAUCGUUAUCGUAUAGAUUUAAGCAAUCUACUAAAAGAGGAAGUUGUUGUUGAUGAGAAGGAAUUACGAAUUCGACCGAAGUCAUCAUCUAGUCAACCUAGUAGUUAG